GCGUUUGGACGUCACUCCUUGGCUGGGAAGGACUCUGCAGGUACGGCGGCCUAGAUUAGCUCCGGCUACCGUUACUGAGUUAACGGGGAUCCCAGGCUAGGGAGACCCCAAAAUGGGCAAGUCCCUGCAGUUUGGGCCCAUGGUGCUCUUCCCAAGACUAUGAGUGGUCCAAUCCCUGAGCUCAUUCGGGUUAGGAGUGGAAACUGAACUGCGGGGAGGCCGCUGACCCCACUCGGUAAGCAUGGCGCUGCUCAAAGUCAAGUUUGACCAGAAGAAGCGGGUCAAGUUGGCCCAGGGGCUCUGGCUUAUGAACUGGCUGUCCGUGUUGGCCGGCAUCAUCCUUUUCAGCCUGGGGCUGUUCCUGAAGAUUGAACUCCGCAAAAGGAGUGACGUGAUGAAUAAUUCCGAGAGCCACUUUGUGCCCAACUCCCUGAUAGGGGUGGGGGUCCUGUCAUGCGUCUUCAACUCUCUGGCUGGGAAGAUCUGCUAUGAUGCCCUGGACCCUGCCAAGUACGCCAAGUGGAAGCCCUGGCUGAAGCCGUACCUGGCUGUCUGUGUCUUCUUUAACGUCAUGCUCUUCCUCGUGGCUCUCUGCUGCUUCCUGCUGCGGGGCUCCCUGGAGAGCACCCUAGCUGACGGGCUCAAGAAUGGGAUGAAGUACUAUCGGGACACCGACACCCCAGGCCGGUGCUUCAUGAAAAAGACCAUCGACAUGCUGCAGAUCGAGUUCAGGUGCUGCGGGAACAACGGCUUCCGGGACUGGUUUGAGAUUCAGUGGAUCAGCAAUCGCUACCUGGACUUUUCCUCCAAGGAGGUCAAAGAUCGCAUCAAGAGCAAUGUGGAUGGGCGGUACCUGGUGGAUGGUGUUCCUUUCAGCUGCUGCAACCCCAGCUCACCACGGCCCUGUAUCCAGUACCAGGUCACCAACAACUCAGCGCACUACAGCUAUGACCACCAGACUGAGGAGCUCAACCUCUGGCUGAGGGGCUGCAGGGCCGCCCUGCUGAAUUACUACAGCAGUCUCAUGAACUCCAUGGGUUUUGUCACACUUCUCGUCUGGCUCUUUGAGGUGAGCAUCACUGCCGGACUCCGCUACCUCCACACAGCACUGGAGAGUGUGUCCAACCCGGAGGACCCUGAGUGUGAGAGUGAGGGCUGGCUGCUGGAGAAGAGCGUGUCGGAGACCUGGAAGGCCUUUCUGGAGAGCUUUAAAAAGCUGGGCAAGAGCAAUCAGGUGGAGGCUGAAGGUGCAGAUGCAGGCUAGGCCCCAGAGGCUGGCUGAUGGCCUGGGGCCUCUCUCCUCCUCAUUACUUAGUGGACUCCAGGGAAUGUGGAUACCCCCUUGUCCAGCUGAAAGUCCAAAUUUCCCAAGAAAGCUGGUCACCUACUGACUCUCCUUGACGCAGGCCUUGAAGUUCAAGGUCCUUAGGGCUACACACAUUUGUGAGACAGCUGCCUCCAAAUGCGAGUGACUGACUGCUCCCCGUGGAUGCCCAGUCUCCCAGGACUGGCCAGUCCAGGGCUCUGUCCAAGUGUGAGUCCAGUUCUCACAUAGGUGACUGGCCACACCAAGGGCCUCUCCCCUCCUCAGUAGCAUCUGCUUCUUUUAAGCUCCGAGUUCUGCAUCCAAACCAUCACUUGACACAUAAAAGCAAGGUGAAAAAACAAAACUCUAAGAGCCUUGUUGUCUUUUCCUUAAUGAUAGGGUUAACAGGCUGUCACCGUUUGCUUAAUGUUACACAAUGGGGGAGAAACAAUGAUAUUUUUUUCAGAGUAAUGGACUCCCCCAGAGGAUUACCUCCACAUAGAAACUCACAGAUGGUACAGGAAGUGAAAACUUUUCUUUACUAAAACCCAGCGAGAGCCCCAUGCCUGCCCCUGCCCAGACUCAGUCCCUUGCUCUGCAUCCCUCCACUCACAAGUGCUGGGUGAGCCGCUGCCUGUGAAAGCCCUAGUUGAGUCUGCUGUCCUUGUGUGGGAGAGAAGUGACGAUCAGUUAAGAGUCUGCCACUUGGGGACCAGGCCUUACCUCCUGGUGGGCUUGGGGACAUGGUCUCAGAUGGUCAUAGCAGUCCUAGUGGACUGCACAGUGCAGAGGAGGGCAAGGACAUCUGGGAGCUUGUGUUUUUCCUCCCACAAAGCACUAUGGGAAUGCUCCUGUAUCAAGGAAGAUUCUGGAGGACUGCCUAUCUUUCUGAACUAGCGUGUGGGAAUUUGCUGUUUCUUCUGGGAAUGACAGACAAGCUCUCAGGGGAAGCAAAAUAUGAUUUUGGUGGCAUCCAGAUUACGAUUCCCAGAUCACCACAGGGCUCAGCUGUGUGGCUCUAAGUCUCUCAGGGGGAAGAGCAGAUUAGAUAUGCUGGUACACCCAGUGAACUGUGGCCCCAGCGUUGUUUAGUGUCCUGAGUCUCUUGGAGCAAGGACUGGUCCAGAUGCUGAGCCAGGCGUAGUGGUGGGGACCCUCAGAGUCCUGCUGUCACCUCUCAGGAGGGCUGAGACCAUGGUGGAAGGUACUCUACACCCAAUUCUAACUAUGUUGUCAACAAUCGUAUUAAGAGAUAUUAAAACUAUAUUGUCUGAAAA